CAGCCACUGGAGAGGAGGUUGGAGCUGGCGCGGUUGCGGUGCUGAAGUGGCGGCGGAGGCGGCGGCGUAGGCAGACAUGCAUUUCGCCAGGCUCGAUGACUCGCCCAUGUUCCGGAAGCAGAUGCAAUCAAUUGAAGAAGGAGCUGAGUUGCUGCGAGAGAGAUGCUUAAAGUUUCACAAAGGUUGCCGCAAAUACACUGAGGGGCUAGGGGAAGCAUAUGAUGGAGAUAUUGCGUUCGCAAGUUCAUUGGAAGCAUUUGGAGGUGGUCACAAUGAUCCGAUCAGUGUUGCCUUCGGAGGACCUGUUAUGACUAAAUUUACAAUUGCCUUGAGAGAAAUUGGAACAUACAAGGAAGUUUUGCGCUCCCAGGUUGAGAAUAUGCUAAAUGACAAGCUGCUACAGUUUGUGGACAUUGAUUUGCAUGAUGUGAAGGAUGCCCGAAAGCGUUUUGACAAGGCUAGCCUUCUGUAUGACCAGGCUCGCGAGAGGUAUUUAUCCUUGAAGAAAGGCACAAGAGCAGACAUAGCAACUUCUGUUGAGGAUGAGCUCCAUAGCGCCAGAUCUUCAUUUGAGCAAGCUCGUUUCAACCUGGUCACCACACUUUCAAAUAUUGAGGCAAAGAAAAGGUUUGAGUUUUUGGAGGCUGUUAGUGGGACAAUGGAUGCACAUCUUCGUUAUUUCAAACAAGGAUAUGAAUUACUCCAUCAGAUGGAACCAUAUAUCAAUCAAGUUCUUGCUUAUGCACAGCAAUCAAGAGAAAGGUCUAACUAUGAGCAAGCAGCUCUUGUAGAGAGGAUGCAAGAAUUCAAAAGGCAAAUUGAUCGGGAAAGUCGGUGGUCACCAAAUGGCAUGACUGAUUCACCUAAUGGUGAUGGAAUACAAGCAAUUGGUAGAAGUUCGCAUAAGAUGAUUGACGCGGUCAUGCAGUCAGCUUCAAAGGGCAAGGUUCAGACCAUUCGGCAAGGCUAUCUCUCAAAGCGAUCUUCAAAUUUGAGAGGUGACUGGAAAAGGAGGUUCUUUGUCCUUGAUAAUCGAGGAAUGUUAUACUAUUAUCGCAAGCAGAAUAGUAGACCAUCCAGUGGUUAUUCUAACCAGCGAAGUAGCACUCCCACUGAGCAUGGUUCUGGGUUGCUCAGCAGAUGGUUCUCUUCUCAUUAUCAUGGUGGUGUACAUGAUGAGAAGUCUGUUGCACGACAUACAGUAAACCUGCUAACAUCAACCAUUAAAGUUGACGCAGACCAAUCAGAUCUAAGGUUCUGCUUCAGAAUAAUUUCACCCACAAAAAACUACACAUUGCAGGCAGAGAGUGCAAUGGAUCAGAUGGAUUGGAUUGAAAAGAUCACUGGUGUCAUUGCUUCAUUGUUAAGCUCCCAAUCCCCUGAGCGGCGUCUACUGCUGAGCCCUAAGGGCAGUGGUCAUCAUCGAACAAACAGUGAAAGUAGUUCUUUCAGCAGCUCAACAGAACUUGAACAUUCUAUCAGUGAAGAUUGUAUGAUGGAAAAAAUCGCAGGAAGUGGGUAUUUUGAGCACUCUUCUAGAGUCACACAACAUCACCGAACUAGCAUGAGACCUGAUAAGCCAAUUGAAUUGCUUAGAAAGGUGGCAGGCAAUGAUAUUUGUGCUGAUUGUGGUGCUACAGAGCCUGAUUGGGCAUCCCUAAACAUCGGUGUUCUUCUAUGCAUUGAAUGUUCUGGUGUACAUAGAAAUCUUGGCGUGCAUAUAUCUAAGGUAAGGUCUCUUACACUUGAUGUCAGGGUGUGGGAGCCAUCUGUAAUCAAUCUCUUCCAGUCUUUAGGCAACACAUUUGCCAAUACUAUCUGGGAAGAAAUAUUACCUUCCGCAAGCAGUGUUGAUCAUAGUGAAACUUCAAGGACCGAUGAAAUUGAGAACACACCAAGUACCUUGAUUGUCAGCAAGCCUAAACACUCGGAUCCUAUUGCUGUGAAGGAGAAAUUUAUUCAUGCCAAGUAUGCUGAAAAAGAAUUUGUACGGAAGCAUAACAUGGAAGAUACUCAGCUAGCACAGCAGAUGUGGGACAAUGUAAGUUCAAACAACAAGAUGGGGGUGUACAGUCUGAUAGUGGGAUCAAACGCCGAUGUGAAUUUAACUUACGGGCAGACAUCAUUCAAUUCGGCUUUGACUCUUGGAAAAGCGCUGCUAUUACAAGAGCAAACAGGUUCUCCAUCAAAUGGUAGUUCAAGAUGUUUUGAUCGUGGCGCCCUUGAGAAGAUUUCUCCCAGGGGUUCUCUUUCUCCUGCGAGCACUAGUGCACGUGUAGACGAAUUAGAUGGCUGCGUCGAGGGAUUAUCUCUGCUUCAUCUAGCAUGCCGUGUUGCGGAUAUAGGCAUGGUUGAACUACUCUUGCAGUAUGGUGCCAGCGUGAAUUCUACAGAUUCUAGAGGUCGAACACCGCUUCAUCACAGCAUUUUGAAAGGAAGGCGCGUGUUUGCCAAGCUGCUCCUUUCCAGGGGUGCUGAUUCUCAAGCCACUGAUGGCGAAGGUAGAACAGCAUUACAGUAUGCUAUCGACAGUGGAACUAUCAAUGAUGAGGAGAUUCUUGUUUUGUUAGAAGACCCAGGUAGAUAGUCCAGUAGGUAGCCUAGCCAGGUCUCUGGUUCAGCAGUAAGCUUGCGCUCUAUUGCACCUCCUGCUGUUGUUCGACGGGCACAGCUCCAAGGUUGCCUCGCUGAGCAAUGAUCCCAGCUUGUGUCAUGAGAACAGUAUUUAUAGCUAGUGUGCCAGAGCCAGGAUGGCCCUCCUUGGCUCUGACCCCGUUUUUAGUGUGAGAUACCCAGUAUGUAUUGUGGUUGCGGUGUGCAAGCUUUCGUCGGGUUUCGUUUGCAGAUGAGAUGAUAGAUAACACUGUAAGUUUGUACAUUGCGUUUGUCCCUGAGUCCCCGGCCCGGUUCCGAUGACAGAAUGAUGUGUAUAUAGUGAUACCGAUGUAUGCACCAUGAACAUGAUUUAUGCAGGCAUUUAGUUUGGCCUUGGG